UUUUGUUGUGUGUAUUGCUUCUUCUUGUUUCUCUUCUUGGUUGUGUUGGGUUAUUCUGGCGGAAAAAAGCGUGCUCCAUAAAAAUAAAGCGUAAAAACUCCGAUUUUGGAUCUUUUAUAAUAUGCAUACGCAUGAGCAUUUUAAGACGCCAGCCGAUGAAGAUGAGCUCGAGGACAUUGAUGACGAUAUGGUAGUUGGUGUUAUAGCUGAAAUAGAACAAGAGGUGCUCAACGAAUCGGAGAGCGACGAUGACGAAUACGAUUUGGUGGACAUGGAUGCACUGGGGGCACCCCAAGAGAACGAUGUCCACAGCAGCUCCGACGAUAGCAUCAGUAGCGAUGGUAGCUUUGACCCAAAUGCUGAAGACUCUGACUCGGAUGAUUCCAUGCUCGAUGAGGCGGCAGCUGGCGGUGCGAGCAAUGCCAAACGACGCAAGGAACAGACAGCUAACGAUGGCUUAGGUCCCAGUGGUUCAGGUGGAAGUGGAAAUACUGCCGCAGCUGACUAUUCACAUUUGGAUGAAGAUGAUGAGACGGACGAGACAGUGCGUGCGAUCAUAGCGGCCAUUAAGAAGCCGCGCAGCUCACCGCCAGAGAUCAAGUUGGAAGAUUUCAUAACCGACAUUUGCUUUCAUCCGCAACGCGAUAUUAUCGCUCUGGCCACCAUAAUUGGAGAUGUCCACUUGUAUGAGUACGGCAACGAAGAAAACAAACUCUUGCGCUCGAUUGAAGUGCAUGCUAAGGCUUGUCGUGACGUAGAGUUCACAGAGGAUGGGCGCAGUUUGAUCACUUGCUCCAAAGACAAGUGUGUGAUGAUUACCGACAUGGAGACGGAGAAGUUGAAGAAACUCUAUGAGACAGCUCACGAUGAUGCCAUCAAUAAGCUCCAUGUGCUCGACGAACGUCUGUUUGCCACCGGCGAUGAUGCGGGAACUGUUAAGUUGUGGGAUUUUCGUACAAAAGACGCCAUCUUCGAGCUGAAGGAAGUGGAGGAUCAGAUCACCCAAAUACUGACCAAUGAACAAAAUAAACUGUUAUUGGCCACUAGUGCCGAUGGCUAUUUGACCACCUACAAUAUAGGUGCUCGCAAGUUGUACGUGCAGUCGGAACCGUACGAGGAAGAGAUGAACUGCAUGGGCAUUUAUCGCGGCAGUUCCAAGUUGGUGGCGGGCACCUCAAAGGGACGACUCUACACCUAUAACUGGGGCUACUUCGGUUACCAUUGUGACAUGUACCCAGGCAUUAAGAGCCCCAUAAGUCUGAUGAUACCCAUUACAGAUCGAAUUGCGUGCGUGGCUGGCGAGGAUGGCAACAUACGUGCUUGCCAUAUUGCCCCAUAUCGCAAUCUCGGAGUUGUGGGACAACACAAUAUGCCCAUCGAAUCACUGGACAUCAACAACAGCGGAGAACUUUUGGCAUCCUCAUCACAUAACAACGAUGUGCGCUUCUGGAAUGUCAAAUAUUUCGAGGACUUUGGUGACAUCAAAUACAAUGAAAAGCACAAUGCUUACAAGGAAAAACGACACAAUUUACCAUCAUCCAAGUGCACAAAUGCAGGAGACUUUUUUGCGGAUAUGACCAAGGAACAUGAUGACGACGAUGACGAGGACGACAAGAAUGCGGGAGAAGGAAGUAACGAUAUUAUCGAUACAGGUGCUGGUCCCAGCAAUAUAACUUAGAUAAUGAUGUCUCUCUGAUAAAUAAAAAUCAGAAAUAAAUUUCUAGUUCGGCGUUAUACAUACACAUUGUUAACGAUUUCUUAACAAUUUUUAGCCAUAGACAUUAAUUUUCUCGCUGUAAAAUCUUUAAAUAAAGUUAGCAUGUACCUCCAAUGAUUUUAAUUUUUUUGUUCCUCGACAAAUGAGAUGAUCUUGGAAAUGUGGAAAUUGAAUAUUAAUUAUUGUAUUUAAUUUUUCAUUUCACAAAUUCAAUUAAUAUUAUAAUAAUUUUAUUAUUAUACGAGUAAUUACAAAAAUUUAUUUCUAUCCUGUGUCCAAAUUUCAAUUGGAUUAGGGUAUCGAGCAAAUAAACUUAUGCCUAAUUUUAGAAUUAAAGAAGUGGCUCACAUUUAGCCUUGCGUCACACAACGGAUCAAUCAAAAACUCAAUGAGAAUUAUGGCACAUGAGAAGUUAAACUAUAAAUUUAAGAACAAAACAAAAAAUAUAUUGAAAAUGUAUCAAAUAAUAAAAUGCUUUUCAAAUUGAA